AUGUCCAGCUGCCAGCCCUGCACCCCUUGCUACCGGCCCUGCGACCCUUGCUCCCAGCCCUGUGGCCCCACCCCGCUGGGCAGCAGCUGCAAUGAGUGCUGUGUCAGGCAGUGCCAGGAUUCCACCAUCGUCAUCGAACCCUCGCCCGUGGUGGUGACCCUGCCCGGCCCCAUCCUCAGCUCCUUCCCACAGAACACCGUGGUGGGAUCCUCCACCUCAGCUGCUGUUGGCAGCAUCCUCAGCUGUGAUGGAGUGCCCAUCAGCUCCAGGGGAUUUGACCUCUCCUGCAUCACCAACCGCCACUGCAACAGGAUCUGCUAA